GCGUCUUUGUACAUUUUUUUUUUCUUUGUGUAGAAGCAUUUCGCAGACGCUAGACGCCGCGAUGGAUACCUACCAGUCAGUCCCUCUUGACGAGGAACAGCAAACGUCCGAGAAGGAGACUCUGCUGUUGCAAUUGGAAAAGCCCGUUCCGUUCUACAAAUCGCUUGUCCAACGUUUGGGCCUCCAACCCCAUCUGAUUUGGAUAUUACACGGCCUACUUUUAUCCACUUCACUAUCACUCUUCGCACUCUCAUUUUGUCUACAUUUCGGUCGGCCCUCGGUGCUAUCAUGCACUGGACAAAUUUCGCCUUACUCUCCGGCAGAUUCGGCCGUUCAGUACCAGACCACUCGCUAUAACAUCACUCCUCUCCUAGCAGAGUCUGAGUACGUCGGGUACGGCGCGGAAGUUGACAAGGCCUGGGACCACGUCACCUAUGAUGUUGGUGAUCAGAUGAUUAGCCAAGCAGAGCUUGAUCGUCUUGGCCUUGAUCCGGCUUCCUUGAAGAUCAAAGACCCCAAGACCGGCAAAGAAGGUUACCGUGUCGGGGUGCAAGCAUUUCAUCAACUCCACUGCCUCAACCUCCUGAGACAGGACAGUUAUAGAGACUACUAUUCUCACCACGGCGGAGAUAUUGAGGUGCAGCCUGAAGACUUGAGAGGGCAUCUUGACCACUGUAUUGAAAUCUUGCGCGUGGCAUUGAUGUGCCAGAGCGACACUGGUGUCUAUGCCUUCAAGUACUAUGAGGGGUUUGAAGGACACUGGCCUGACUUCAGCACAUUGCAUACCUGCCGUAAUUUCGACGCUAUUCGAGACUGGGCAUUUGAAAAUGCUGUAGUUUUUGGAGAUGAGCAAUAAUUUGCUAGUUCACC